AUGAAAUCAUUCUUCCUCUUAACACUCUCCAUAUUGCUCAUCUCACUACUUGUCACAUAUAAACCCCUCACCACCAAACUAAAUUUAUUCACUCGUUUCAUUUCGAUGUCCCAUUCUACCCACCCAUACCAGAAGGAGCUUGAAGUUGCAACUUUAGCUGUCAAGCGUGCAUCAUUGCUCACCAAACAAUUGAGUGAUUCUAUUGUGCAGACUGCCAAGUCGGGGACACUCACCAAAGACGACAAGUCACCUGUCACCAUUGGAGACUUUGCCCUGCAGGCGAUCAUCAAUCAUGCCAUUAAAUUGAACUUCGCUGAGGACGAAAUUGUUGGUGAAGAAGAUUCACAGGAGUUACAGGAAAACAGCAGUUUAGCUGACCAAGUAUUGAAUUUAAUCACCAAGAUCCAACAAGAAACUAGCGGAUACAACGAUAUUGUUGGGACGUUGACGGACAAGAAGAAAGUAUUUCAAAGCAUUGAUUAUGGGAAUUCGCAAGGAGGACUGAAGGGAAGAUUCUGGGCAUUAGACCCAAUUGACGGGACUAAAGGGUUUCUCCGAGGUGAUCAAUUUGCUGUGUGUCUUGCGUUGAUUGAAGAUGGAGAAGUUGUGUUGGGUGUAAUUGGGUGUCCAAAUUUACUGGAACACAUUGUGUCGAACGAAGAACACUCAGGGAUUGUUGGUGGAUUGUAUUCUGCCAUAAAAGGAGUUGGUUCUUUCUACAGUGAGUUGUUCAAAGAAGGUGCUGAGCCAUUGUCACAACAAAGACCCAUCAAAAUGCAAAACCAUACACACCCUAACCAGUUGAAGGUCGUUGAAGGUGUCGAGAAAGGUCAUUCUUCUCAUUCAACGCAAGCUGAAAUCAAAGGCAAGUUAGGAUUUGAUCCAACCACCGUGGCAAAUCAAACUAUCAAUCUCGACUCGCAAGUCAAGUACUGUGUGUUGGCCAGUGGACAGGCAGAUAUUUAUCUCAGAUUGCCAGUGAGCGACACAUACCGUGAGAAAAUCUGGGACCAUGCAGCUGGUAAUAUUUUAAUAUAUGAGAGUGGUGGCCAAGUAGGCGAUGUUACUGGAGCACCAUUAAAUUUUGGUAAGGGAAGAACAUUGGAUUCUAAAGGUGUGAUUGCUGCUAACAAAGAGAUAUUUGCAAAGGUUAUAGAUGCUGUUACUGAAGUGAGAAAGUAA